AUGAUUAUACCACGAGGAGGAGGUCUAGGGGUAUCUGGCUCAGAUAAAGAGAGCCGAUGCGAAGGGCCCGAAGUUGCUGCGCUGCGCUCGCAGCUAGCAGCAGCAAAGUUGGCGCUGCAGGAAGGAGACUACCAGAGACAAAGACUAAGACAAAGAAUGACAGAAAUGCAAACAGAGACAGAACAAUCAAGAAAUAAACAAGAACAACAACAUGAAGAAACACUCACAGAAUUAGCCAAAAAAUUAAGGGCUGCAAAAGUGCGUAUAAGCCAAUUAAAGACAGAAAAAACAGAAAUAGAAUUAGAGCAGCAACGCAUGCGGCAAACAGCAGCAGCAAUUGCACAAGAGAUGGAGAUAACAAGGAAACAAUUACAAGGAAAAGAUAACGAAAUACAAAAUAUAAAUAGAGACUAUCAAAGGGUUAAACAAUUACUACAAAAUGAACAAACUGCUCGGGAGUCUCAGAAGGCUGAGUGUCAGAGAUUGACGCAAGUAUUAGAAGGAGUGCAGGAGGAAGCAGAGGAGACGCGUCGCUCGUUAACAGCAGCAGCAGCAGCAGCAGCAGCAGACUGGGAGGCUCGUCUCUCCUCCCUGCAGCAAGCAGCAGUGCAGCAGCAAGAGGAGGCCCUGCAGAAUGCAGCAGAUGAGAGAAGACGAGCCCUUGAAACCCUAAGGGAGGAAUUACGUGUAGUACAUAACGAAGAAAUACAAUCAUUAAAUACGCGUAUAAUACAAAAAGAAGAAGAAAAAGAAAAAAUACAAAGACAAAAUAAUUUACUAAAAAAUAAAAUUGAAGAAAUUAAUGAAUUAAAUAAUCGAUUUAAAAAUAGUUCAAGAAAAGAUAAAACACUUAUUAGGGAGUUGGAGAUUCGUAUUCAGGGUUUAUUAGAGGAUCAAUCAACACAGCAGCAGCAAAUAACUUUGCUGCAGCAGCAGAUAUCUUUGCUGCAGCAGGAGAAGGCAGCAUUAACACAAGAAGCAGAUGCAGCAGCAAGGAGACACCAUAGGCAGCAACACCAUCUACAGGAAACACAAAAAACCCUAGAGGAGACGCAAACCCUUCUUCGUGCUGCAGAGACAGAAAAAGAUUCUCUUGCUCAUAGAGCUACACAAUUGCAAUUCGAUACAGCUAAGGCAACAGAGGAGUUAUCAAGUUGUCGUCGUCGUUUAUGCGAGUUAUGGUUUGAGGAGCAGCUGCGUGUAAUGGAGGAAUCUAAAUUAUCCUUAGAGGCUCAUCUAGCAAAUCGUGAGGAAGAGUUAGAAAAUUCACGAGCGUUACUAACAAGAUUAGAGACAAGGACAGCAGAUCUAGAGAAGCAAUGUGCUAUAGAGAGGGCCGAGCUGCAGCACCACCAUCAGCUGCAGCAGCAAUUAGAGCAAGAAAGGAUACAGCAAGAGAGGGAAUUAGCGGAGACAAAAGCUGCUGCUGCUGCAGAGAGACAGCAGCUAGAGUGCCGUCUAAGAGAAGAAUAUACAGCAAGGGAAGAGAGACUGCAGCGGGAGACGGAGACAGAGACAAGGAGAUUAGCGCAGCAACUAAGAGACGCACAAGAAACUUAUACAGCAGAGACAUGCCUACUCAAGUAA